UCGCUCUGGGAUUCUCUCCCUCCUGUCUCAUGGUCUCGAAGACAAAAACUGACGGCCCACGUCGAACGGAUAACGUUAAGAACCAAGUGCCACAAUGAUCACAACAAUCAAUCUUACUUCCGUUUCCUCUGACUCUCAAGUCACCGUGAGCCAGAACGAGGCUGCCAACUGUACUUUUGCGGAAGAGUUCGAUCUCUUGUAGCUGGCCAAGUGUUUGCAGGUGCAGUUCUUCGGUUUGUUUCUUGUUAUCCAAGAUGAAGGCAGCCGUUGCUCUAUCUCUUUUCGGGCUUACUCUGGCUCUCCCAAUGGUAGCUCUGGCAGAGGAAAUGAGCAGCGAAAUGGUUGACAGUGUUGAUAUGCUCGAGAUGGAGGAUGUUUCCGUUCAGGAGACCCAGGAACUGUCAGAGGAAUCUAGCACCGCGCCCAUGCGUUAUCUUGAAGAAGAUAGCACCGACGACAUUUUCCUCAUUCCUGAGACCACCUCUCCCAUCCGCGUUCUGGGCAAGAAAAACCGUGCCGUUUACGUCGCUGCCCCCAAGAAGUAUGUGGCUCCUGUUGUGCAGAAGAAGGCCCCAGUUGCCCACUCCAAGUACUCGGCACCCGCCCCGUCCAAGAAAAUGCACGCGCCUGCCAAGAAGGCCCCAGUUAUUAUGUCGUCCAAGUACGCGCCUGCCCCCGCCUCGAAAAAGUACACGCAAGCUGCCCCGUCGAAGAAGUAUCGCCGACUUGCGCCCGUUCCCGAGAUGUCCGAAGAGGAAUCGACUGCAACUUCCAUCUCGGACAUCGAAGUCGAUGAUGAAGAACGUGAGCUGAAGAAGAACAGUGGCUACUAUGUGGCGUACACCCCGGUCGUUGCUAGCCCGUACUGCAGUGUCGGCUCAUCUUGUGCUCGCUACCUCGGUGAAGAGCAAGAUAUGAACGAGGAGUUCAUGAGCGAGGAAGAGGAGGCUGUGUAUGAGCAGAGUGCUGAAGAGCGCUCCUUGGGAAAGAAGAGCCGUGCGGUUUACGUGGCCCCUGCCCCAAAAAAGUACGUGGCCCCCGCUCCUCAAAAGAAGGUCGCUGCUCCGGUGUACCGUGCAGCCUCUAUGCAUAAGAAGGCUGAGCCGGUUGUUCAGAUGAAGGCCACGCCUGUUCAGAAGAAGGCCGCGCCUGUUGCUCAUAAGAAGACCCCCGCUUUCCCGUCGAAGAAAUACCAUCAGGCUAUGUCGUCAUCCAAAUACACUCCUAUCACUACUCUUAGCAAGAAGCGCCGCCUGGCAGCUCAGGAAGAUGUUGCUGUCGAGGAGGAGUCCACUGCGACUGAAACUGAGACAGAGGAAGAGGAGCGUGACCUGAAAAAACGUGGAACAUACUACUACCCGGUUGCUGCCUACCCGGUCGUCGCCACCCCGUACUGCAGCACCGGUGGUGCGUGCUACUAAACUGCAAGGGGGUUUGAGACUUUUGAUCUCUUCUUUCAUAUUCGUCUUGUUCAGAAAAAAACGAUGCACCAAAUAGCGACGUCGUGACAUGUGCUUUGAUUCGACCCAUUUCAAACAUUCCAUCCUUGCCCCGAACAGACAUUAAUUCGUGCGCCAUACUUCUUUCCAUUAAGACCUACUUGCAGAAAACGUAGGACUGCUUUCUCUAGAGGAAAUGAAAGUAUGCAAAAGAUCAACUCCGGCAUGAGAUCUA